AUGGGUCCGCCCCCGCUGCUGCCCCCGCUGCUGCCCCUGCUGCUGCCCCUGCUGCCGGCAGCUUCUCUGCAGGCUGGGGGCUCAGCAAAAUGCGAGUUAAACCCUAUCCAUGGAGUCUACCAACCAGAGCACCUCUCAGCCCCUGAGGGUGGCUCCAUCGACAUCCCCUUCUCCUUCUGCUACUCCCUGGAGUUAGCCAGCGAUCCCAACGUGCGUAUAUCCUGGCGAUGGAAACAGUUCCAUGGAGAGUUCAUCUACAACACAACCCCGCCGUUCACCCAUGAGAAUUUUAAAAACCGCCUCUUCCUGAACUGGACAAAGGGCCAGACGAGUGGCUCCCUCCGGAUCUCUAACCUGCGGAGAGAGGAUGAGAGUAACUACUUCUUCCGAGUCCGGUUGACCACACGGAAAGAUGGCGAGAAGGAGUGGCAGUCCAUCAAAGGGACCCGCCUCACCAUCACCAAAGACACUGAGAAAACCACCUCGGACCCCACCAACACCCCCACCCCCACCAGUACCACCAGCAGCACCACCACCACAGAUGGCCUCAGUAAGGAAGUUGUGGUCAGCCUGGCAGUGGCCAGCACUGUGCUCAAGAUCGCAAUUUUGGGACUGAUAGUCUACUUCUGGUGGAAGAGAAGCCAAGGGGAUCCUUCCCUAACACUGAGGAGGAGAACGAGAACAUUGGGCAUAAAGGACUACAUAGAAACUCCAAGUCGGACCCAAAGGUAA